UAGCCAGGCAUCAACUGCGAAAGAAGUGAAAGUUUUUUGAUGAAAUCAAUCUUUUAUUUACAUUACAAACUACGACUUACUUAUUUAUGCUGACGUAGAAAUAUUAUAUAAUUUUCAAAGACAGUGCUGCAAGGUUUUAAGUUCAAUAAAAACAGUAUUUCAUAUUUCAAAACGAAAAACUAACCUUUCAAUACAUACAUGCCUAUAAGCAACAAGAAAAAGUAGGCAGAUACCUAAGGAUAUAAUUAAUUUUGAAUUGAUAAAGUUUCAUAUAAAAUAAAUAAAAAUGCAAGUGUUGCUGCCUGAGCAGAAGUUGCCUACAACUUUGCCGGUCACGGUGAGUGGCAAGUUAAAAAUCGUUGAUGAAAUCCAAAGCUUGUUAGAGUCGGUUAGCAUUGAAGAUGCGAAUAUAAACAAUCAUGCCAACAAAGAAAACGUUAAGGAAUUGCAGAGCGACAACAAAAAUAAAAGCAAUGUUAAACAUGAUGACAACAACAACAAGAGUAACGACAACAGAAAUUUGAAUAGCGCUGCUGCGGAAAGCUCGUUGCACACUUGCCACCACUCGCACACCCCGUUUCCAGGCAUAUCACAAUUGCUGCCCAGUCUUUAUCUGUGCGGUGCAGGCGUUGCAAUGCCCAUGGUGCUCGAUCAACUGCAGGUGCGUUUCAUCAUUAACGUAGCACCAGAGCUGCCCGACACUCCGCUCUCCAGCGUCACCAAGCCACUCUACUUGCGCAUCAAUGUCUACGAUCGGCCCGACUCUGACCUUUCACUGUACUUUGACGAGGUGGCCGAUAUGAUUGAGGAGGUGCGCCAGCUGGGCGGCAAAUCGCUGGUACACUGCGUGGCGGGUGUAAGCCGAUCGGCUACGCUAUGCUUGGCAUAUUUGAUGAAGUAUGGCGGUAUGACGCUUCGUACCGCUUACCACCACGUCAAGGCCAUUCGUCCACAGAUACGGCCGAACACAGGAUUUUUCCAACAGCUGCGCCGCUAUGAGGAGCAGUUAAGAGGCACUUGUUCGGUUCAGAUGGUCUACUACGAAUCGUUGAAUAAGGAGAUACCGGACGUUUAUGAGCCAGAGUAUCGCGCAAUGGAGGAGUUCUAUCAACGUCAGCGCAAGGCACUGAAGCGACAUUGAGUGAGAUGUGGGUGGAGUAGUAUGAAUGUGGGCGUUGAAAAAAA